GCGAAUUUAUACCUCAGCAAUCAACAUGCCGUUUCCGCAUUCCCACGAUGCGUUUAGUGCUGUGAAUGCGAUCCAUCUGAAGACAGAACCGGUUCCACCAGAUCCUCUACUGCUGUGAAGUGCAUUGCGAAAAAUUACGACGAAUAGAGACCAUAGAUGUGUUGACUAGCGGUGGUCAGUGAUCUGAGGAGACGGCGAACAGGAUUUUUUUUUCUUUUACUUUAAUCGUCGUGUCCAGCCCACGCAUACUCUGGAUACCCCCAGCGCCUCGAGAGUCCGAGAAAUCGGCUUGGGAUGGAGAGCUGUUGUCGCACUUGUAUGCCAUGUUGUAGCAGGUUAUGGAACUGGAUAUGGCCCGAACUUCAUUAUCCGAACAUCUCACGAGCAGCAGAAAUCCGGACAGUUUCAGGUGAUAUCAGUGUCCCAGCGCCUAAGAAAAAGCCAACCCAGCUGUAUGCGGCUUUGUUUGAUUUCGAAGCCAGGAGCGAAGAGGAGCUCACUGUAAAAGAGGGUGACAAACUGUCUGUCAUCGAAAAGCGGGGUGAUUAUGUGCUUGCCAAAAAACUUACCGGGACGUUGGAGUCCGGGUUACUACCAGCUAACUAUGUAGCCUUGGUUCAAGACGAAUUUGCAAAAUACAAGUGGUACUACGGCAACAUCAACAGACAGAAGGCUGAGAAGCUUCUACUGGCCCAGCAGAACAAGAACGGCUCCUUCCUGGUGCGCAUCAGUGAGAGCCAUAGUGACGAGUACACUAUCUCUGCCAGAAAUGAAGGCCAAGUCUAUCAUUUCCGCAUCCGCCGGUCGGCCAUUGGUGCCUACUUUGUGUCCGACAAGAUCUCCUUCGCCACCCUGGAUGAGCUCAUCCGUUACUACCAGAGCAACAGCAAGAGCUUAGGAUGCCCCUUGGAGCAGCCAUGCGUACAACAGCGGGAGCUGUUCGACAUGGAGCCGUGGGAAAGGCCUCGGGAGGAGUUUAAGCUGCAGAGGAAGCUGGGGGAGGGGCACUUUGGAGAGGUGUGGGAGGCGCUGUGGACCAGCAAGAACCAGAAGGUGGCCAUCAAGAUGCUCAAACAGGAGGACACGAAGCAGGAUGAGUUCAUCAAGGAGGUCCACGCUCUGAAGAACCUGCACCACCCCAAGCUGAUCCAGCUGCUCGCCAUGGUGUCACGAGGGGAGCCGGUCUACAUCGUCACAGAGCUCAUGAGCAAGGGGAGCCUCAAGUCCUACUUGGCCACCCCCGAGGGCCAGAUCCUGACCUCAGCGCACCUCAUCUACAUGGCAGGGCAGGUGGCCGAAGGCAUGGCUUACCUGGAGGACCGCCACAUAGUGCACCGCGACCUGGCCGCCAGGAACAUCCUCGUCGGGGAUGACCUCGUCUGCAAAGUGGCCGACUUCGGCCUUGCUCGUAUCAUAAAGGACAGUGUGUACACCGCCAGCAGAAGCACAAAGAUCCCUGUGCGCUGGACGGCCCCCGAGGCAGCCCUCUACCAGCGCUUCUCCGUCAAGUCAGACGUCUGGUCUUUCGGGGUGCUGCUCUAUGAAAUGAUGUCACGAGGGAAGAUGCCAUAUGAUGGGAAGAGCAAUAAGGAGGUCCUGGAGAUUUUGGCAUCGGGGUACCGGUUACCCAGUCCGCACAAGUGCCCGCCCAACAUCUACCGCAUCAUGUUGGAAUGUUGGAACCCAGAGCCGUCCAAACGCCCGUCCUUCCACGCGCUACACAGCCAGCUGGACAACAUCUACUCCAGACUCUAUUUCAAGACCAUAGAGGUCUAGAAGCAGCUGGGCAGCUCUACGGUGCAGAGGAAGGACAAAAUGGAUGCAGAGAGUGAGGUCAAAGCAACGGGGGAAGCCAUGUCUGGAAGGUCAAAGACGAAAGAAGGGAAAAAGAACUAAAGAAUCACUAUAACACUAAGUAUAUGCACUAUACCACAUGACCACAGGGGCACACAGUGUUGCUGGCAUAGUGGUGUCCAUUUGUACCUUUAUAAGAAUAAUGAUCAAUGAUUCCUAAUGAUCAACCCCUGGCUUUUAUUUUAUUUUAUUUUUUAUUUUAUUUUAAAAUGAGGCGUAUGUGCAAUAAGGAGCCUAGGGUCCAUCGUGUUGGCUAAGCCAGGUUUGGUUGAGGUGACACUGGGGGUUGUGAGUGGGCGUGCUCAGAGUAGCAUUCAGAGAGAAGCUGGCAUCAAGUUCAACAACAAAAGCUAGCAAGUCUUUGUUCUUUGUCUGUGAGGUUUAGAAAGAUGUCACACAUGAUCUGUAGAACUCAAGAGUUGACCAUAACUCACAGCGUAGCAUCAUGCUUGUAUAGAAUCCUAGCUUGACUGAUAUUUUAAAGAUGCAUUCCAACCCUAAUCCUUUCUUUAGGGUUUUUUUUCUCCAUUUAAUACAUAUUAGAUGUAUUCGUUAGACUGCAUAUAGCAACCUAGAUUCCGAAGCUACAGUAUAAUUCUACAUGUUCCAAGUCAUCUGGUUUGACAUGUGCACUUAAUACCUGUGGCCUGCCCAUCAGUAGCUGCACUCUCACACAUCGCUGGAAUUAUUUUAGGUUCAUGGAGAUUGAUCAAACAACUGAUAACUACAUGUUCUGCAUGUUCUGGUGGAAAGGGAACAUUUGCAUUCUAACGCCCAUAAAAAAUAGGCGGUCAGAGACUGUAAUCAGUGAAGUGCUUUGCAUAACACCUUUAAAAAAAUAACAUCAGUCAUGGAGUGCCUCUUUGGACUUAGAAUCCACCUCAGGAGAAGUGGAGAAGUGGAGAGGGGGGACGCCACCGGAGACUUGGCCUGAUCCACUCAGCACUACAGGCCAGCAGCAGGUCAUGGUAGAAGAGAGCUAAUGUUUACAGCGAACUUACGUGCCAACAAUGGACUUUCAGACAAAACACACACACACACACACACACACACACACACACACACACACACACACACACACACACACACACACACACACACACACACACACACACACACACAGCAGUCAGUAUGGUGAACAUGAGUUCUAGCCAUGUAUGGACUCGAAGAAUAAGAUGUAGCUGGCAUGUUGGCUUGCGCAUGGUUGCAUAAUGAUGGUGAUUGUUUCAUUUACUUUUUAUUAAGAGUGUUAUUAACAUGUAUUAACGUUUAAAUUAUGAAAUGCAAAAUGUGUUUGAAAUGAAAGUAUUUGUAUCUGGACUAUAAAAGGAAGCACAGGAGCCAUAUAAUCAAAAUCUUCCUUAUAUUUUCUGUUCUUCCAAGGUUGCAACCAUUGAUGUUAAAAUGACUUGAAGUCUUCCUGAAAAUGUGUCAAUAUUUUACAUUUGCCACUGAAUUUCUGAAGCAAGUCAUAAUUGUAAAAAAUAAAAUCAAUAUUU